AUGAGUAAAAAACGAACCCAAAGAUGUGAAGAUAUUGGUUGGAACAAUAAAGAAGAGGUGCGAAAGAGAAUGGAAAAGUUUUCAAUAGAACCCUAUGAUGAAAAAUUGAACUGGGAGGAUUAUGAAGCUCACUUCCAAUUGAUGUGCAAGGUAAAGGGAUUGGGUGAUGACAGUGAUGAAACUGAGGAGGCCAGAAGGGAUCUUCUUCUAGCAUAUGUUGGACCUGUACCCCUCAAAAAGGUAUCUAACUUCGUUUUACCUAGGCAAAUUUAUGACAUACCAAUGACUGAACUGCUUGAUACAUUUCGGUGUGUUUAUAAACCUAGUAAAACAAUCUUUGCAGCGAGACUAGACUUUGAAAAAUGUGUGAGAGGAAAUGAUGAGAGUUUUUCAAAUUUCGUCUUACGUUUAAAAGAGUUAGCCUCCUACUGUAAAUACGACAGGUAUUUUGAGGAAAGAGUAAGGGAUAGAUUUGCUGGUGGCGUUAACUUUCCACAGUUUGAAGUUGAAAUCAGGCAAAGGUGGCCAGAAGGCAUAAAUAAAGAUGGUUCACGUUUAACUUUAAAUGAGUUGGUAGAUUUAGCUGAAGCGAUGGAUAGAGCUAAGCGGGAAAUGAAUAUUUUAGAUGAAGCUAUGCCUGUAAUUAACAAGGUACAUAGCUAUGAUAAGAAAAAUAGAUAUUCCGCAAAAGAAACAUACAGCCAUUCUACAGAAGAUUGUAAUCAGUGUGGACUAGUACACAGUGGAGAAUUUUGUCCAGCUCAAAAGUCUAAGUGUUUUUCAUGUGGAAGGCAAGGUCAUUUCUCACGACAAUGUGGAACCAAAAAGACAAAACAAUGUCACUUCUGUGGAAAAAUGGGUCAUUUUCCGGGACAUUGUCGUUCAAAAAAGGCCUAUUUGAACCAAAUCAACGACACAGACAUAAAAUUUGAGGAAGAAGAGGUACAGUUAGGAAUUUCUGAACUUAAACCUAAUAGGAAGAUCCCAAGAGCACAAAUUAAUGUUACCCUAAAUGAAGUACCAACAACCAUGGAGUUUGAUUCAGGAGCUAGAGCAUCGAUGAUUGAUGCACCCCUGUGGAAACAAAUAGGAUCACCAAAUUUGAGGGCAUGUAAAACAAAAUUUGUCGCUUAUGGAAACAAUACCCUGGAUGUUUUAGGAGAGUGUGAAGUUAAUGUUAAAGUUGAUGGACAGAUUAGGAAACUUAAGGCUGCUGUGGUAAAUGGAAACGAAUCUCCUUUGUUUGGAUUACCAUGGAUGCUUGCCUUCAACAUGAAAUUACCACCUAGUGUUACGAUUCGUAAGUUGGAUAACACCAAUAAAGAUGAAAAUGUUUCUACAGUAACCGAAGAGGAAAUUAACCAAGUUAUUUCUGAGUUUAGUGAUGUAUUUAAGAAAGAAUUGGGAACCAUUAAAGGCUAUCAGGCGAAGAUACAUGUUAAGAGUGACUCAGAGCCUAGGUGUUUUCCUGCUCGCAGAGUGCCUUUUCCACUAAGAAGUAGAGUUGAGCAAGAACUAAACAGACUGGUAAGUGACGGUGUUAUAGAAAAGGUAGACCCUUCCAAAACUCCUAUCGAAUGGGCAACACCAACAGUAAAUGUUGAGAAGGAAAAUGGCACAAUUAGAAUAUGUGGAGAUUUUCGGGUAACCUUAAACCCAAACAUUGUUACCCAUACAACACUUUUGCCAACUUUUGAGGAACUGACGAAUAAAGUAUCUCGAGGGAAGCAGUAUUCAGUUGUCGACUUGAGAGAUGCAUAUCUCCAAAUGGAAGUAUCGGAGGAAGACAGAAAAUAUCUGGUAAUAUCCACGCACGUUGGAUACUAUAGAUACAAGAGACUACCAUUUGGUAUAACCUCCAGCCCAGGUAUCUUUCAGGAAUACAUGGAGAAGCUCCUUGAAGGCAUACCACAAGUGGGGGUACUUCUAGAUGAUGUAAUCAUUACGGGCCGAAACAAAGAAGAACACCUCAUGAACUUAAAGGAAGUAUUAAAACGAAUGAGUAACGCAGGGCUAAAAGCGAAGAAAGAAAAAUGUAGAUUCAUGCAGAAUUCAGUCACCUAUCUUGGACACAUUAUCGAUGAACAGGGUAUCCAUCCAACAAAAGAGAAGAUCGAAGCAAUACAAAAGGCACCUAAACCUACAAAUGUCAAACAGCUUAGGUCUUUUUUAGGAUCCAUAAACUAUUAUGAAAGGUUUAUCCCUAGGUUGCAUGCGCUGUGCUCAAGGUUACAUCGACUUACUAGCAACAGAUCAAAAUGGAUCUGGACAGAGAAAGAAGAUGAAGUAUUUACAAAGGUCAAAAUGAUUCUUUCGGAAGAAGACACAGUUGUUCCAUAUGAUGAAUCCAAACCUCUAGUGUUGGUGUGUGAUGCGUCCGAAGACGGUCUUGGGAGUGUCUUAAUGCACAAGUGUGAAGAUGGUCUGGAAAAACCAAUCGCGUAUGCUAGCAGAACUCUUUCAGAUGCUGAGAAAAGAUACUCGAAUAUUGAUCGAGAAGCACUUGCAAUUUUAUUUGCUGUAAGAAAGUUUCACCAAUAUGUAUAUGGACGAAGCUUCACACUUGUCACCGAUCAUAAACCCCUUCAAAGAAUAUUUGGAGAAACCCGGAAUCUUCCAAAGGUAAUGAACAAUAGGUUAGUGAGAUGGGCCCUAGAACUGAAUCAGUACAAUUUUCAAAUCAAGUACAGGAAAGGAGAUGAAAACGUUUGUGCUGAUGCACUAUCCCGUCUUCCCAUGAGAAUCAGAGAAGAAUCUACCGAUGUAAGAGACAUAAAGUUUUUAAACAUGGAUAAAGUUGAGACAUUGGUGUCCUAUAAGGAACUCAAACAUAACAGCAGUUUGGACAAGGAGAUAAAAUUAGUACAAAGUUAUGUGCUAAAUUCAUGGCCAGAGAAGGUACCAGAUAACAUUAAAACAUUUAAACAGAGGAAAGAAGAAUUAUCAGUUGAAGAUGGUGUUUUGAUGUGGUUUGGUAGAGUUGUUGUGCCAACAAAUAUGAGAAAAAAAAUCUUGAGAAUUUUGUACUGUGGCCAUCCUGGAAUUUCAGCUAUGAGAUCAAUUACCAGAUACUAUGUAUGGUGGCCUAACAUUGACAAAGACGUUGAAAUGCAUGUUAAGACUUGUGAAGCAUGUCAAGAAAACAGAGGAAACAUUGAAGAAGUCCCGGUCUAUCCAUGGAACAUUCCUGAAAAAGUGUGGGAAAGAGUUCAUUUGGAUUUAGCUGGACCAGUUGAUGGAGUAAUGUGGUUAGUAGGGAUUGACGCGCUAUCUAAGUGGGCAGAAGUUGAAUGUUUAAAAACAACGACUUCAACUGCCAUAAUUCAAAGAUUAAGAUCGUGGAUGAGCAGGUAUGGGAUACCAUCACAAGUAGUAACUGACAACGGGCCACAGUUUGUCUCUACUGAAAUGGAAGCAUUUUUCAAGAGACAUUCAAUUCGACAUAUAAGAAAUACUCCUUAUCAUCCUAGAAGUAAUGGCUUAGUCGAACGUCUAAUAGGGACUUUGAAAAGGCGUUACAGAACAACAAAACAAGAAAUUAAUGAUUCUUCAUUGGCAUUGCAAAAUGUGUUGUUCAGUUACAGAAAUGCCCCACAAAAAACAACAGGACGAGCCCCUGCAGAGUUGUUUCUAGGUCGAAGAAUGCCAACUAUGUUGGACAACAUGAAACCAAACCUUAGACAACAAUUAGAUCUGAAAAUUUGGAAGGAACAACAAAACCCAACUCAAAAGAAAACCUUAAGAGCAUUCAGUGAAGGGGAAGAAGUAUGGAUGAAAAAAGAGAAUAACCCUGGUUGGAUAGCAGGAACAAUAGUCAAACGCAAUGGCUUAUACUCUUAUGAAGUCAUGUGUGGUGGAGUCAUAAAAAGAAAACAUUCGGAUCAACUGCGAAGAAGAGAAGGUGCGGUAGACGAUGAGGAGGGAAAAGUCGAGCACGUGGUCGGCAUAGCCAUUGGCCUGGCCACGGCUGUCGUUGGGGGUGGGGUUUUGUACUUUUGGUUUCGACGGGACCCCCCACCCCCACCAAUGAUGGAGGUUGAGUACGACCCACUAACUGAUACGACCAGGCGCGACGCUGUCGUCAUUCAGAGGAGGAGGCGCCACUAA